AUGCUGCGACUCACACGAGCCUUUUCCACCUCGCUACGACGGGCCAAUCACCAGUUCGGAUCGCUCGGACCCAUGUCGGCGCCUCCCAGACUACCCAAGGAGCAACAGGAGGAGUUUGAACGUCUCCAGAAGGCGGCAAGCACCUCUUCGGCGUUUGCCGAUCUUAUGACUGACGAGGACAAGGCCGCUCUGGACGCCGACAUCGGACCCACGCUUUCGUCCAAGGGCCCUGAACUCAUGCAUCCCGAACAGCGACGACGAUACGACGAGUUUGAGGGAGAUCGAAACCCCAAGACUGGCGAGAUCGGAGGCCCCAAGCAGGACCCUCUUAAGCAUGGAGAUUACUCCUUCAACGGACGAUGCACGGAUUUUUAA